AUGUCUUCCCAUUCUCAUUCAUCUCUUCGAAGAUUUCGCACUACAUGUGACUGUGGAAUUCCUUAUGAUGGGCCAUUAAAGGCGUGGACAAUGGAAAACCCAGGAAGAGAGUUCAUAACCUGCAAGUUCUAUGACUAUGCAACUGGAAGAAGGGGAUGCAAGUUUUUUGAGUGGGUGGACGAAGGUAUCCUUUACUGGCAGAAGGAUAUUACCAACCAAUUGCUACUUGAAAAGAAAAUUUUCCAAUCCCAAAUUGAUUUACUCAAGAGGGAAAUCAGUAGGCAUGAGGAAGAUGGUGUGGUUGAGGUUUUAAUGUUGACUGCAAUGUGA